GACUUAUAACAUAUUUGAGUAUUGCGUUGCGACCUACAAUCGCAUUUACCAACGGCGACUAUGAGUGUGACUUAUCGCCCGCUUUGUUAAAUAACGGGAACAACAGAAGAAUGGCAGCAAGAGAGCGAAACCCUCGACCUCGAGAGAGAAAACAAAUGGCAACAUUGACAUGCUACUGCUCUUAUUCUUCAACGCCAGUACCAAAAUCUUCCCUUUCCUUGUCGUUCCCUAAAAUCCCAAAUCCCCAACUUCUUACUAAAUAUUCUUCUUCUUUCCUAUCUAUUUCCUCAAACCAAAAGUGGACCCACCGAGCUUCCAUUGCUCUUCAAUGUUCAAACUUCAACACAACCUCCUCAUUUACACUUUCAGAAUCAGAAUUAGAAACUGAAACUGAGACUGAAACUGAAGAAGAAGGAGAUGAUGGGGUUACAUCAUUAGCCAAGAAGCCACCAGUGAAGAGGAAGAGGAGAAGGUACAGAAAGCAAUACCCAGGUGAGAAAAAGGGUAUUACUGAAGAAAUGAGGUUUGUUGCUAUGAAACUUCGUAACUCCAAAGCCAAAGACAGUUCAUCCGAGAGUGAGAAUGGGUUUGAAUCAGCUUCCUCAGAAGAGGAUAAUAAUAAUAUAGGUGGCGAUAGGGGUAGUGAGGAGACUUGGCAGCCAAGCAUACAAGGGUUUCUCAAGUAUCUUGUUGAUAGCAAGCUUGUUUUUACUACUAUUGAGCGCAUUGUUGAUGACUCCAGUGAUGUUUCUUAUGCCUACUUCAGAAGGACUGGAUUGGAGCGAGCAGAAUGUAUAUCGAAAGACCUAGAUUGGUUUAGCCAACAGGGCUAUGAGAUUCCUGAACCGAGCAAUCCUGGAGUCAGUUACGCCAGUUAUCUGGAGGAACUGGCAGAAAAGACUCCUCCUUUAUUUCUCAGCCACUUCUACAACAUAUAUUUCUCGCACAUAGCAGGAGGUCAAGUCAUAGGCAAAAAGGCCUUUGAGAAACUCUUAGAGGAAAAAGAGUUGGAAUUCCACAAGUGGGAGGGGGAUGCAGAAGAGUUGUUGCGAGGUGUGCGUGAAAAAUUCAACAUGCUGGCAAAGCAUUGGUCUAGAGAUGACAAGAAUAAGUGUCUGAGAGAAGUAACCAAGGCAUUCCGGUUUAUGGGUCAGAUUGUUCGGCUAAUUAUCCUGUAAAAGCCGUUCCAAUCCAAAGGUCAAACUUGGUUUCUCAAUGCUGGCUCACAAGUGUUGUGGUCGCGAACAACUUGUGCAUAUUUUGCAUCCCAACUGGAUAGAUUGACAACUGAGAGGAUUGUCGUUGGUCAUGUUCAUCAAGCUGCAGACGGGUGAACUAGAGGCAGGUGGCUUUACUCUUUUCUUUCCCUGGUCUUCUGGUUUUAACUUGCAGAGUCUCCGGGAGCAUUCUAAACUUGAAGAAGAGCUGUAAUGUGCAGAAUCCAGCCAUGGAAGCAUUUCGAUGCAUAAACAGAAGAGAGCCAGAGUGGUUUGUUCAUUCGAGGAGCUGGAAAUCAAGUUCCUUUGACAUAACCAUUUUAGAGCCAUUUAUUUGGCAAAUGUAACAUUUGGGAUUUGAUGUGGAGGAAAGACUCAUGAUAAUUGUGUUAUUCUUUUUUGCACGUGUAAGUGUUUACAUUGUCUCUGAGAAGGCAAUAUUACAAGGUCUUGGAAUAAGGUUAUAAGAAUCGCUAUAAUUAGGCAUAUUUUCCUAACA